AUGCUGGGGAAGGCGGUAUCCAGUUCCCAUCUGCUGACCCAAUUCCCAGAAAAACACCGCGGCAACUACCCCACACUCUUCCCCAGCCGGCUCUUUUGUUCCACUAAUGCAUGCAUCGGUAUUAAACUCGCCAUCCAUGAGCCGCAUAGUGCCGGGUCAGGUGGAGCUGCUGUUAAUCUAUCCAUUUACCGCCAUUCGCUGUAUGAAUUAGCUUUAUAUGAAAACACCAAUCUCGCACUCUACAUUUUCGGAGGCUAA